AUGGGGGACUCCAACACCAUCGUCGACGCCAUCAACUUCGUUGACACCGCGUCCAGUCAGCGCAUCGAGCCCGGCUCCGUCAACCACCCGCCCGCCCCUUGGCCGGCGCACUUCAAGACCGAGCCCACGCCAGAAGAGGUGGCUAAGAUCGCCGCCAAUGUCGUCAACACGGUAAACAACCACUUCGACAAGGUUCCGGACCUGUUCCUCCACGAGUCCCAGCCCGGCUUCUGGCGAGACCACCUGGCCCUGACCUGGAAGCUGCGCACUCUCAAAGGCAAAGACAAGAUUCGCAACUUCUUGCAGACCGAAGCCCACGUCAAAGAAGUGCCCCUGCAAAUCCAGGUCGACGAAUCUCAUCCUUUCCGCAAGCCGCAAGUCGCCGGGUUUGCUCCUGUUGAUGGACUGAAGGGUAUCCAGUUCUACAUCACGUUUACGUCCCAGAAUGGUAAGGGGCGCGGUAUGGUAAGGUUGGUGCAGGAGGAAAAGACGGAGGAGUGGAAGAUCUGGACCUUGUUCACCACGCUUGAGGAGUACCGCGAUCAGCGAGAACCGAGGGGACCCAACAGGCCAAAGGGCGUUGAGCACGGUGGACAGCCGGGACGGAUGAAUUGGGCGCAGAAGAGGCAGGAGGAGAUCAACUUUACGAACCACGAGCCUGAUGUGUUGAUUCUCGGCUGUGGCCAAGGUGGCCUCACCGCCGCCGCUCGUCUCAAGAUGCUCAACGUCUCCUCGCUCAUUAUCGACCGCAACCCGCGUAUCGGCGACAACUGGCGCAACCGGUACCACCAGCUAGUUCUGCACGACCCAGUCUGGUACGACCACCUGCCCUACCUUCCCUUCCCCGACACCUGGCCCAUCUUCACGCCCAAGGACAAGCUAGCCGACUGGUUCGAGUCAUACGCCAAAGCGCUCGACCUCAACAUCUGGCUGCGCUCCACCAUCGUUUCUUCGGAAUACGACAGCGCCCGCAAGUCCUGGAAGGUGGUCAUCCGCCGCUCCUUCGUCAAGACCUCACACGCCCCACCAGCGGACGGCGGCGAACCCGGAGUGGUAGAAGAAGAACUGGAACACAUGGAACUCACCGUCUUCCCGAAACACAUCAUCCAAUGCACCGGCGGCUCCGGCAAGCCCAACAUGCCGACCUCCAUCCCGGGCAUCACGGGCGGCGUCUUCAAGGGAGACCGGCUCUGUCACUCCUCGCAGUUCACCACCGCCACUCCGCUCUCCGUGCGCGGCUCCAAGAAGGCCAUCGUCGUGGGCGCGUGCAACUCGUCGCACGACAUCUGCCAGGACUUUUACGAGCGCGGGUACGACGUGACCAUGAUCCAGCGCUCGUCGACGUUUGUGCUGUCCUCGUCGGCCACGCUCAAGUACCUUAUUGGGCCGAUCUAUAGCGAGGGCGGGCCGGCGGUGGAAGACGCCGAUAUGUUUGUCUGGUCAUACCCCAGCGAGGUGUUGAAGUCGUUGCAGAAGGAUCUGACCAAGUUGACGAUCGAGCACGAUGCCGAGUUACUCGCCGGGCUGGAUAAGGCUGGGUUCAAGCUCGACAAGGGCGUCGACGGCGCGGGACUAUUCGCCAAGUACCUCCAGCGGCAAGGCGGGUAUUACAUCGAUGUUGGCACGUCGAAGCUAAUUAUCGAGGGCAAGAUUGCCGUCAAGUCCGGGGUGGGCAUCGCGGAGGUUGUUGAGAACGGACUGAAGAUGGAGGAUGGGACCGUGUUGGAGGCGGACGAGAUCGUGUUUGCGACCGGCUAUGAUAAUAUGCGGACGACGGCCAGGGAGGUGUUUGGGAACGAGGAGGUGGGCGACAAGGUGAAAGAUGUGUGGGGGUGGGAUGAGGAAGGCGAGAUGAUUGGGAUCUGGAACAGGAGCGGGCAUGAGGCGUUUUGGUUCCAUGGCGGGAAUCUGGCGCUGGCGAGGUAUUAUUCGAGGGUGGUGGGGUUGCAGGUUAGGGCCAGUUUGGAUGGGUUGUUGUAG